ACACUGCUUCAGACUGCAUUCACAAUAUUUCAGGUGAGCACCGGCAAUCGGCUCGGCGGCGACGGCUUCACUCUCCUUGACUUCUACGGUGACAAGGCAUUGUCAUACAUGCUGGCAACCGGCGCAGCCGCUGGGUUUGGACUGACUGUGGAUUUGAACCGCGGCUCAGGCAGCGAUUCCGACACUAAGAGUUUCCUAAACAAGGCUAAUGCCGCAGCUGCCCUUCUCUUCAUUGCUUUCAUAUUCUCCGCCGUAUCUUCAGUCUUUUCUUCAUUCUCUCUCCCUAAGAGGACUUAAGGGAUCAUAAUUGCAAUAGUUUAUCUUUUUACGGUAAAAACUAAGUUGUAAAUGAAAUUAUAAAGUUGGUUAUACCGAAAGUUGAGAGCGUUUGAAAUUUGUCUAAGUUGAUUAUAUUGAAAGUUGAGAGUGUUUGAAAUUGACAAACAAAAAAAAGAAUUAGAGUUGGAGUGUUUUGGAAAA